AUGGGCGGGUUGCUGAUGGACCCUGGAGGUUCGCUUCGACCCACAUUUUGGUCCAGCGUUUGGAACUACCGCCGUCGAUCACAGCAGUUGCAGCAGCCCAAAGUCACAGCUGGCCAUGAGCAAUUUGCCACACUUUCUUUGAGGACGGAAGUUGGAAGCUGCCAGCGGGCCGCUUCCGUACUGCAUCAAGCAGAGUCGGAGGUGCUUGCGACAGCCUCUUUGACCAAGCUCGGUGACCAGGCGCAACGCCUACCGUUGGAUCUUCAACUCUUUCGCAAGAACAAGAGCAGGGAUCGCAUCAUGUCCUCCAAGGGUGACCAUUGCUACUUCGAGAUCUUUGGUCCAGAUGGAGAGGUCUUGGUGGCGAAUCGCUUUGAAGCUUAUCCAGGCUACGCUGGCAGUCUCGUGGUGGAGGGCACUGUCAACGUUUCGGGCGCCACUUUUGGUAUCCAGACCGUGAGUUUCAGCCUCAAUGGACUGGACGCGCAGUGCGGCAGUGCCAACCAUUCCCAGCCCAAUGCUUGCGGCAUCCAUGUGCAUAGAGGUAGCAGUUGCGACGAUGCGCAAGGUCAUUUCUGGGACAAUGCGACCGUCUCCGACCCCUGGAGCCUGGGCCCCACCUACAGCGGGCCGGAGGUGAAGCGCUUGCCGUGGCCACGGGGCUGGACCUGA